CCCAAUCAGAAAAUGCCACGGAAUACUUAACUCUAGUUACAUACACAUUCUUUAGAACCCUUAACUAUUUUGAUGUAUGUAUGGUUGAUGUACCAGUUUAUACACCCUAUAUGUCUCUCAGCAGCAGGUGAUAGAUUGGGCAAAAAUUGAAGGGAAAAUGGAUGUGACAGUCACAGGUUCGAUGAUUGUUAAGCCUGUAAAAUCCACUCCAUCUCACCAGCUAUGGGUUUCAAAUAUUGAUUUAGUUAUGGUUAGAGGCCAUUCUCCAGUUGCUUAUAUUUACAGAGCGCCUCCCAAUGGAGAUUCCGAUGUGGCUGAAAUACUGAGAGACGCGCUUUCUAAGGUGUUGAUGGAUUUUUAUCCGCUGGCGGGCAGAUUGGUUGUCGACGCUUCUGGUAGAAUCGCUGUUGACUGUAAUGGCGAGGGCGCUCUGUUUGUGCAAGCAGUGACCGACUCAUCAAUCGAUGAUUUUGGGUAUUUCACCUCCCCUGCACAACUCACAACUUUGGUUCCCUCUGCCACUUAUGAGAAUGGUAUCACUACAUUUCCUCUGCUUAUGAUUCAGGUAACCAAGUUCAAAUGUGGAGGGUUCGCUUUAGGAACGGCGAUACAACAUAUCUUAUCAGAUGGUGCAUCUUCUCUACAUUUUGUGAACAGCUUGUGUGAUGUAGCUCGGGGAUUGCAGGUACAUUUACUUCCUCAUUUAGAUCGCAGCCCACUUCGAUCUCGAAAUCCUCCCAUAGUGAGCUUUUCUCACCAAGAAUAUGCACCACCUCCAACCCUCCUCCACCAAGAAAAGGAUGAUGAAAAGGCCACAGUUGGAGCGUUCAAUCUUAGUAAAGCGCAAGUUAGUGACCUAAAAGCCAAGGCAAGGGACAACCCUCUUAACAAGACCUACUCCACGUUCGUGAGCCUGGCUGCCCAUAUUUGGAAAUGUUGUACCACAGCACGAGGUUUGGUCGAAAACCAGAGAUCCAAACUCUACAUUCCUGUAGACGGAAGAGAUCGUUUGUCCAAACCACCAUUGCCUUGUGGGUAUUUUGGCAACGCCGUUUUUAUGGCCACCCCAAUAGCCAUUGCAGGAGAAAUCGUAUCUAAUCCUCUGUGGUACAGUGCUGAAAAGAUUCAUGAGUCGAUAGCCAAGAUAGAUGAUGAAUAUCUACGGUCUGGGUUGGACUUCCUGGAGUUACAACCAGAUUUAAAUGUUGUUGUGAGAAGGAACGAUAUGUUUAAGUGUCCUAAUUUGUGUAUCAAUAGUUGGACGGGUUUGCCCUUCUAUGAUGCAGAUUUUGGUUGUGGUAGCCCAAGCGUGAUGGGACCUGCAGCAACUCCUCCAGAAGGACAUUGUCGCAUUUUGCCAGUCCCUACAAAAGAUGGGAGUGUGUCCGUUUGCUUGGGAUUAUUGAGUGAUCAUCUGGUGAAAUUUGGCAAGCUACUUCAUGAGUUUUGAAGUAUGAACUGUAGUAUGAUAGGAUUUGAUUUCGUUCCAAAAGGAUUUAAAAAACACGUUUUGACAUUGGGCACUAAUAAAAUUGAAGGAAAUGUUUAUUGAAAGAA